UAAUCGCAGUGAUCGCGUUCGGCGUUCACCACGCGUUCAGUUUGAAUUUGGCGCGCGUCGACAAUAGCGGUCAAACCGCCUGCGCGCUCCAAUGCCAGCGAGCUGUAAAACGAACGAAUCCAAAGUUUAAACCGUGUUAUUUACUUUUUUGUUUGUUUUCGUGCUAAGGACUGACUAGUUUUAGUGAUAUAGUAAGAAACUGCAAAUGUAGGACUGAAAUAGUGAACUGUUUUAUUUUAUUUAAUCCUCGACGCGCUUAUUAUCUCUGGAACGGCGACGCCUACACGAAUGAUUGUAUGAAACAAUAAUAUGUGCGUACUAUCAUAGUACUACUAUUUAAUACAAUAAACAUAAUGGACGGCGAAAGAAAAAUUAACUGUGAAGGUGUUCCACUAAACUCGGCAGGUGCGGCGAAUAUUUUUUUGAACACGGGUAAAAAUCCGAAAGUAAAAGAGGGGACUGUCAUUCAUCUGAACACAGAAAAACCCUCAGACGUUGGCGUGCAUAUUAAUACGACACUGUCAAUAGCGUCUUCCAAGAAAAUUAAGCUUUUAUUUAUAUUUAACUUUUUACUUAGUAUAAUAUGUGUCAUAAUCAGCUGUUCCAUUGCAUUUUAUUAUUGGAAUGAGAUGAUAUCCAUGAAGAAGCAACUUGAUGUGCUCAAGGAUCAGUUUUUGAUACAAAAUGUAAGAGACGGUAUAUUAAAUCAAAAUAAGGCUGUACAAAGUCCUUUGGUAUCACAAUUGCGGCCACACAUGAGAGGCUUUGAAGCCAGAGAACCUAGAAUGGAAGCACCUUCAUUAAAAGACGAAUUAUCACCAAAUGCAAGGAGAUAUUAUGUAGAAAACCUCGGGGAUGACAUGGUUCUUUUAGAUUCAAGUAAAAAAGAUGCUAGUCAUGAUAAAAGUCCUUAUGAUCUCUCAAUUUUCCAAAAAGAGACUCUAGUCGUUCAAUUUAAUGGUAAUGCGCCGGAGGUAAACCUGGGGGUACAAGCAAUCAUAGGACCAUGGGCGCGCGAUAUGGACAUUUCUUCAAAGGGAAGCGAGGAUAAAAUAGAACUUAAGUCGGACUAUUUCAUUAUUAAGGAGUCCGGGCUGUAUUUAGUGUAUGCACAAGUGGUGUACUUAACGCACGCACCAAACGCAUACUUCAUAUGGGCGAGACAGCCGACAAGUACACCGCGCCUCAUCUCAGCCUGUGCUACAGGUGACGAUUCCAGUUCCAGACCGCUAAAUAAGUCUCAAAUAUCCUGUUCAGUUCAAACAGUUGCACGUCUGCUAAAAGGUGACACUGUGAACAUCGCCCAGAGAGAAAAGAAUCGAACGUUGUUACUCCAAUCGGGUUACACGUACAUUGGUUUCGUGAAACUCAGUUCGUAAUGUAUCGUGUACGUGGGCAUUUGAUACGCUUAUAUUCCCUUUAUAAAAUAAUUACACUGUUUUAACUAGUCCAUACAGAAAUAAUGCGCAUGCAAUGUUUACGCUCUCAAGAAUCACGUACUAUCAAAUCUUACGAAUUAACGUACUUCGAACGCCAAGGUUUCUAGAUGAUUUUCUUAGGGAAAGAGUCGAUACUUACCGUGGUCUGUGACUUCCGUAUCUCACAAUCCAAUACGUUUUUGACGCAAAGUCUCGACUCAUCUUUCCCUGAUUAAUCUGACGUAUACAAAACUUACAAAACUUUGCUGCUUUUUAACGUAUAUAAAAACGUAUCGCCCUUCAGAUAUCUCUUAUCAUAACAGCGCCGACAAAAUUUAGCUAGAGAAAUCAGAACUCUAGUUAAAAUAGUGUAAUUAAAUGGAGUUUUUAUGAAAAAGGGAGUUCAUGUGUAUCCCAUUUUCAUGUGUUUUCUAUCGCAUUGAAAAAGGAUAUUUAGUUUUGUUAUUGGUGCCAUAAGUCUUCCAUUGUUAAAUUGUCUUCCGUUAUUUAGAAUAAUGCAAAAUUGUGAUUUUGUAUGCAAAACACUGCCAAUGUUUGGAUUUUUUAAGUUGAAUGGUGCUAAUGUACUGAAGUGUGCCAUAAUAUGUAGAUAGUAAUACAUCACACGUUAAAGUGAGUAAUCACUUGUUUACAAAGCAAGGACUUUUCAAAAUGGCAACACAGAAUUUGUAGCUUUGAAUUUAGAAUUCGUUUGAAAUUAGAAUUUCGUAUAAGCACAGACUAUGUAUCAAAAAAGUAUACUCAAUACGAUCUCGAAAAUUUUCGAUAAAUCAAAAUCAAGAUCAAAAAGUUUGAUAAAAAAUCGUUAAAAUAAAAAUUGUUUGUAGUUUUCGCGUUAAUUUUUCGAAAUUUUUAUAUUACAAUAAUUUACAUUGUUAUAUUUCCUUGUUGCUCAAUUCAGCAUUUGACCAUUUAACUUAGUUUGUUAUAUUUUUCAAGCGUACUUAAGGAAGUGCUAUAAUAUAGAAAUUAGGGUCAAGUCAUAAUUUUUAAGUGAAUUUUUUUAAUUGUAAAAAUGAAAUGCUUUGUUCGAGUUAAAUAAAAGAAUGUAAGAUGUCCAUUAUCAGCGUUUAUAGUGGUGUUAUCUGUGGCUUCUUACUAUAGUAACGUUAUACUUACAUACGUAUACGUAAUGACGGCUGUAUAUACUAAGGGAAAUAUUACGAGAGCGGUCAAAAGCGAGUAUGUACAUGAUGCUCCCGCGUCUCGGCCGUAUGAUUGAGAGAACUGUACUUGCUCACCUCAUAGGCUUUUCUUUAUUAAGGCUAUCAGAAGUAGGGAUCUGUAGCGGUAAAAUAUUAUUACACUUUCCGGAAAAUAAGUUAAUCUGUUCCCCAGAAGAUGUCCUACUAAAUGUACAUACACAGCACACGGGUAAUUUCCCCGUAAAUAACGCGAUAGUGUUGCUAUCCGUAAUAAUUCAAUUAAUAUUAUUGAUGUGAAUUGAUAUAAUUAAAAUUGAUUGUUUUCCAAGGUGAAUUAUAACUAUAUGUUUAAUCUUUAUAAUAAGAAAUAUGACUCAUGAAACAUUUCUACUUAAUUCAUAAGUAUUUUAAUAUACACAUUGUGAUAUCUUUAGUUUUAUAUACUGUAGAUUAGAUUUUACAAUUACUGUUACCUUUGUUAAUCUAAAAUAUUGUAAAAUCAUUCACGUGCAAAUAAUAGAUAGUAAUAGUCAAAAUAUCUCCAGACUAUGUACAUACUGUAAAUUGAUUAUUACGCCCGUCCACCAAUAAAUGUGCCUUAAAACCUAA